ACAUUGGUGGUCCAAUACUCGAUUUGGGCUUCCUACUCGCUAAUUCAUUCAUUCCAGGCUUUUCUCCGUCAAUUGCCUUUGCUGGUAUCGAAAAACAUUCGUACUACCAAUUUACUCCCAUCAUCCUUCCAAGUUGACACAAAGAUGUCCGCAAAAUACAUUCUCAUCACCGGUGCAGGUGGCUUCAUUGGCCAGGAACUUGCUGCUGCACUCCUCGAAUCGGAUUCAAAUCAUCAACUCGUCCUUGCCGACGUUUUCGAACCACCCUCGCCCCAGAACUCGUCCUCUCGCGUCAGAUCAGAGAAAGCCGACCUCACAAGCUCCUCCGCCGUCGAUUCAUUACUCUCCAGCCAGCAAUGGCACGCAACCUACCUCCUCCAUGGCAUCAUGUCUGGAGGCGCCGAAGCAAAUCUCGACCUCGGUCUCGCUGUGAACUUGGACUCGCAUCGCUUUGUCCUCGAUUACCUGAGAAAGAACCAACCAGGCGUAAUCGUUGUCUUCCCAUCGUCCCUCGCCAUAUAUGGCCCUCCAGAGAAGCUGGGAGACGUCGUGAGCGAGAAAACAAUCCCGAUCCCGCAGUCGAGUUAUGGUGCAGAGAAAUUGAUUAUCGAGACACUCGUCAACGACUUCUCGAGACGAGGAUUGAUCGACGGUCGUGUCACCCGACUACCGACAGUCAUUGUUCGACCAGGUGCCCCGUCAGCAGCCGCAUCGAGCUUCGCUUCAGGGAUAGUGAGAGAACCACUCAAGGGGGAGAAGAGCGCACUUCCAGUUAGUCGUGAUUUGGAAAUGUGGGUUGCGUCUCCAAAAACGGUGGUGAAGAACCUUGUCGCGAUAAAAGACGUGCCAAAAGAGAAGUUUGGAAAGAACCAGGGAAGAGUAGUAAACCUGCCGGGACAGACGGUCAAGGUGAGCCAGAUACUUGAUGCACUGAAAGCGGUGGGGGGUCAAAAAGCCCUGGACUUGGUAGAAGAGAAGCAUGAUCCUAAGGUCGAAGCUAUUGUAGCCAGUUGGCCCGCUCGAUUUGAUAUCACCGUUGCUAGGGGUUUGGGUAUGGCUGAGGAUAUUCCCCUGACCGAAGAAGUCCAGAAUUUUGCCAGAAGUUUGAAGGCAUAGAUAGUUAUUAAAGAAU